UUAACCCCACCAUUUCAUAUCCAACUUGACCUAUAAAAACACCCUAGUGGCUGAGUCCAAACAUCCCACUAACCAAAAAAGCACUGAGUUUUCAGUUUUCUUGCUUUGGCUUUUAUAGUUAUUUUGUUUUGUAAGAGUUCAACAAUAAGGAGGAAAGAAGAAGGGAAAUGGAGGGCAAAGAAGAGGAUGUUAGAUUAGGAGCCAACAAGUUUUCAGAGAGGCAGCCUAUUGGAACUGUGGCUCAGAGCCAAGAUGAUGGAAAGGACUACACUGAACCACCACCAGCGCCACUUUUUGAGCCUAGUGAGUUGACCUCGUGGUCUUUUUACAGGGCUGGGAUUGCAGAGUUCGUGGCUACUUUCCUUUUCUUGUAUAUCACCAUUUUGACAGUCAUGGGAGUUGUUAAGGGAGCAACUAAGUGCUCUACUGUUGGGAUUCAAGGGAUCGCUUGGGCCUUUGGUGGCAUGAUCUUUGCUCUUGUUUACUGCACUGCUGGAAUUUCAGGUGGUCACAUCAACCCGGCGGUGACAUUUGGGCUGUUCUUGGCAAGGAAACUAUCCUUGACAAGGGCAAUUUUUUACAUGGUCAUGCAGUGCUUGGGAGCCAUCUGCGGUGCUGGUGUGGUUAAGGGAUUCAUGGGGAAGCAAAGGUAUGGUGUUUUGGGUGGUGGAGCCAACUUUGUGGCUCAUGGCUACACCAAGGGAGAUGGCCUUGGUGCUGAGAUUAUUGGUACCUUUGUUCUUGUUUACACUGUCUUCUCAGCCACUGAUGCCAAGCGCAAUGCCAGAGACUCUCACGUCCCUAUUUUGGCACCCUUGCCAAUUGGAUUUGCAGUGUUCUUGGUGCAUUUGGCCACCAUCCCAAUUACAGGAACCGGUAUUAACCCAGCUCGUAGUCUGGGUGCAGCCAUCAUCUUCAACAAGCACAAGGGUUGGGAUGACCAUUGGAUUUUCUGGGUGGGUCCAUUCAUCGGGGCAGCACUGGCAGCUCUCUACCACCAAGUUGUGAUCAGAGCCAUUCCUUUCAAAUCAAAGUGAUCAGAUCAAUGGUCAUGAUUGUGAUUAUCAUAUUUAUGGCCAUUCAUGUCUUUUUAUCUUAAGAUAAACUGAAAAAAACAUCAGUUUGUUUGCGUGCCUGCUUAUUUGUAUGUAAGAAAAUGUAAUCUAUGCUUGAGGGGAGCCUUCCUUUUACCUUGUUUUCUAUAAGCUAAAAUGUGAGGGUCGCUGAUAGCCAAUGGACUCAUCUCAAAGUGAGUGGGCAUUCUCUUUGUAUGAUGGCUGUGAUUUGUGAAAUGUCAUUUUCAUAAUAACACCAACCAAAACCUGCUCCAUUGUCUAUUUCUCCUAUUAUAUUGCUGCUUUGAGCUGUGAUUCUAAUACAAUAACAUUGAGUAGGAAGCAAGUACUAGCUCUAUAUAUGAUAAUUGA